GACCCAGAAGCUCUGGACGCCGCCAUUUCACUCAAAGACAAAGAACCCCGCGAGCUCCACGAGGCCAUGCGCUAUUCCCUCCUUCCCGGUGGCAAGCGAGUCUGCCCACUCUUCUGCAUCGCUUCCUGCGAGCUCGUCGGCGGCACUGAAUCCAUGGCCAUGCCCGCCGCUUGCGCCAGCGAGAUGAUCCACGACGUGGCUCUCAUCCAAGACGAUCUCCCUUGCAUGGACAACGCUCAUCUCCGCCGUGGAAAGCCCACCACCCACAAGGUAUUCGGCGAAGCCAUCGCCAUUCUCGCCGCCGAUGGCCUCUUAGCCUUAGCUUUCGAGCACAUUGCCUUGUACACACCAACAGCCGUGCCCCCAGCGAGAAUAGUUCGUGGCAUUGGGGAGUUAGCGAGGUGCAUUGGAGCUCAAGGAGCUGUUGCAGGCCAAGUGUUUGAUAUAAGUUCUCAGAGAGAGUCUAACGUGACGUUGGAGUAUUUGGAGUACGUUCAUCUCCAUAAGACCGCAGCAAUACUGGAAGGAACAGUGGUUCUUGGAGCUAUGUUGGGAGGUGGGUCCGAUGAAGAGGUUGAGAAAAUUAGGAGUUUCGCGAGAUAUGUUGGGUGGGGUUUUCAGGUAGUGGAUGACAUUCUUGAUGUGACAAAAUCGUCGCAGGAAUUGGGAAAACCGACAGGGAAGGACUUGGUGGAUGGGAAAGUUACGUAUCCAAGGCUAAUGGGUGUUGAAAAGUCGAGGGAGUUUGCGGAGAAAUUGAACAAGCUAGCUCUGGAUCAGCUUUCUGGGUUUGAUACGCAGAAAACGGUGCCGUUGGUUGCAUUGGCCAAUUACAUUGCUCGUAGGCAAAAGUAAUAUAGGUAUGUAUCAAUGUUUCCAACCAACCCAAACCAAGAUCUCUUUUACAUUACUAUUAUUAAUGGAGUACUUAUUUUUACGAUUUUAUGCUUGGUAUAAUUGUACUCUUCUUGUAUGUGUGCGUGCAAAUUCUGGCACACAAGGACACAAAGAUAAAUACUACUUGUAUCAAUAAAAUUGCAGAUUUGUUAGACGCUCA